AUGGCCAACUUUAUGUUUGUGAUCGCGCGCGGCCGGCCCGAGCCGAUUUGCCAGAACGGGACGGAGCCUUUUGUUCCCAAAGCGUCCGUGCUUUUGUUCCUCUCCUCGUGUGCGAAAACAAUGGCCGGGAUGCGACAAAAGGCGGGGCUGCGUCAAGGGCAUACUAAAGCUUCUGCUGGCCAGCUUCCCUCUACUCAUCGCUCCCUGCGACCUAAUCGCCUCACAUUUACGACACAUGAUGAACUCAUCAACAAGCUCCUACCCGGGUUGAAGCGACGCUCUCGCUCACAGACUAAGUCCGAAACCACUCCAACCAAGGCGAGGCCCCUUACCAUUCUUCCUCACCUUUCCGAAGAGGACGAAGGUCGUCCAUCCUGUUCCUCCGCAACGUCCUCCGAAUCAGCCACAGCAUACCGGGGUAGUCGUAGCAUCACACUCGGCGGUUACCUUUCUGCCAAGGACCUGGCUGAGCGAAAACGCGAUUCGCGCCGAGUUGUCUUGACUGGCGCUGAAGGCCUCACAUUUGAUGACUUCUUCCCCCUCUAUGGUGCACCCCCACGACCUGCACCCGCACCGCCACUGUAUGACAUUGACACUGCCGCCUGUGAUUCCCCUCUUGACGACAUCAAUUUAAGAUUCUCUGGCCUGGGCAUCUCACUUGACUUCCCGUCCCCUCCCGCCGACGUAACCAGCACACCCUCAUCUCGCCGUCGGGGUAGGUCGCCGACUCCGUCCGUGUCGAGUAGUAUCACUUCCAACACCACCUCGAGCAGUUCAAGCUCAGAUCCGAAAGUUGUGCACUUUACCCCCCCUACGUCUGACGACGAGUCGCGUCCUAAUCUUCAGCGUGCACCGACGUGCAAGUCGCAUCGUGCCUCCAUAUACUUCGCAAAGUCAAUGCCCGACCUCAACGUCCCUGAAGUCGUGGUUGAAUCGGAGAGCGAGAAUGAAGAGGAUAUUCAAUCCGACGUUGAAUGGUUCGCAAACGACAUCAGUGACGUGGUGACACUCUCAUCGCCUUUACCUCCAUCGUUCCCUCUGGCAGCGUGCUCAUCGAACGCGCCGGACCUUCGCGCCCGUCCCGAUUCAAUCUUGCCACCUCCAAGACGUGCAGGAAGGAGUCGGAAUAGUAAACCUCUCCCCAACGUGCCUCGUCUGUCUGUGCAAGACUCGAGCAAGACCAGCGGGGUGCAGGGUCGUCCCAGCGCGCAACUGGAUCCUACUUUCCCUUCGCGUCGCAAGUCUUUCCUGAUUCCUAGUCGUCCUCCGCCGCCUCCUCCAAUCAAGGUUUCCCGUUGUUCCACGUCUACUAUGGAGCGCGAGACGGAAGAGCUGCUUGCGCAGCUGGCCAGCGCGGCUCUCGGUGCGGGCUUUCUAGGAACCGGCUUGUCUGCCCUGCAUAACGCACCCCUGUCGGCUUCGGUACCACCAAGUCCCAGCAGCGCAUAUAUCGUGACUCAUCGCGCCUCCGCCCGUCCACCCCCGCGCAUGUCCCUACCAGCGGAUAUCAGCGACCUCUCAGAUGAGGCGCCAUACACUCCCGGUGCGACGGCUGAGCUCGAGAUUGAGAUCAUCCCGGAGAUGGACGAGAUCCCGACAUGGCCGAAGACUCCGCAGAGUGCCAGCGUAUACUCGCAGGCGAGUAUGAGUGCGGGCUCGCUCCCGGUAUCCCCGGCGUCCUCCUUCUCAUUCGACAUCUCCUUCGUGCACGGAGAUUCUCCAGUCGAGAACAACGUGGAUAACGAAGUCCCACACACGCCCACUGAGCCGUUUGUUCCGGAGCGGGUGCUGCGCUCUCGCUGGUCCUCAUCUACACUUAGUUCACAAUUCGACCGCGAGCCCGCCUCAUCAUGGAUUUCGCGCUUCCACCUUUCUCCGUCAAAGCGCGGUAAAGGCAAGAGCUUGUCACCGCCGUCGACCCCUUCCAAGCGGUCAUCGCCGCCAAAAUCUCCAUUGAGUCCGAUGUUCAAGCGUUCACUCGAGUUUGAUCGCCUUGAGAGGCGCGACAGCUGCAGCUCGCACGUGAGCGAUGCACGGAGCGACAGCGGUGACAGCACCGCAAGCUCAGGUCUGAGGCGGAAGCCGAUCCCCGUCGAGAUGUUCAUCCGUGCGUGA